AUGAUUCUCAACACUCUGACUACAGUCAUCAACAGAAAGAAUCUUCGAGUCGCUUCCGGGCGCAUUCCGCUGGACGGCGCUGGUAUCUACAUAUUCAUCAAUGUCGACUCGAAGAGACGCUGGAAAUCAACCAUCAGUGUCUUAUCAUCUGAUGAAUCUAUAGCGUGGGGCAAUACUGUAACUCUAUCAUCACAUGCCUCACCUACGUUGUCAUUGGAGAUCGGGGCGUCCUUUGAGCUUGGUCGAAUGCUAGGCGGUGGAGAAGUCAUCGGGAAACUUGAAAUGUCGUGGGAUGAGCUACUCGAUCAUGGAGUGAGCCAUUCGAACGAUACUGCUACCGACAUCCGCGAAGCCGCCCAACUCUAUCAUGAGCUACUGCCUCUCUGCCCAAAGGGCACCUGCCUUCUCAGUAUCGCAGGAGGGCCAAAUAGUGUCGAAUAUGUAAUCGACGAAUGCAAUGAUCUUCCGGUAGACGCAUCCGACGAAGGCAUCCAGCUUCGAAGAGUUGUCCUUAAAUUCUUUGAGGCACGUUUUGAUCAGCACGGCAGCAUCGAAGGCAGACCUAAUGACCUUGAUGAUGCCGUUUCUUUGUAUGAAGAACUGUUACGCCUGCGCCCUGUUGGGCAUGAAUACCGUGAUAUCUCAUUGGACAACCUAGGGCUCGCCCUUGUCGCCCGUUUCAACAAAUGCAACGACAUUGAUGACGUCACCCGAGCUGUCAGCCUCUAUCGCAAGGCACUGACAUUGCGCCUACCUGGGCAUCCACAUCGUGACACCACGCUUAACAACCUUGCCCUCGCACUCGACACAAGAUGCGACAAAUUGGAUAUCGACGAGGACCUUAACGAGGCCAUUGAUUAG